ACUCAUCAGAGAAGAAAGACUCACGAAGCAGCGGUAUAAGAGAAGGAGAUUAGCUGGUUAUUGCUUUGGAAGGAGAGGUGGUUAUAGACAUAGUCAAGAUGAAGGACUCUGCAAUCUCCCCGUCGUGCUAUGCAGUCAUCUUCCACUCCUGCCGCGCAUCGCAUCCCGACCCACGACCGACAAAUGACAUCGCCGCCAAUUCAAAUUCAAAUCCCAACGACGACGACGACGACGCAUCCAGCAAAGCCUACGCCGCGACCUCGGACGCAAUGCUCGAGCUCGCGCGCAAGCAGCCGGGCUUUUUGUCCGUCUAUUCUGCGCGCGACCCGGUCUCGCUCGAGGGAAUCACGGUCAGCUACUGGAAGACGCUGGACGACGUUCGCGCGUUCAGACGCGAGGACGAGCAUCGUCGGGCGCAGGCGAGGGGGAAGAAGGAGUGGUAUUCGUGGUACAAGGUUGUUAUUUCCAAAGUUGAGCGCACCUAUGGGUUUGAGAGUGUAAAUAGUUUAUAGAGCUAAUAAACAACAAGCUACGGGUUCUCGGCCGUCACGAUCGAGCUCGGCGUCUUGCCCUCGAGCAAAUCAAGGAUAUUCUGCACCGUUGUCGCCGCGAUAUUACUGAGCGCCUCGCGCGUGAGAAACGCCUGGUGGCCGGUGAUGCAGACGUUGUGGAACGUGAGCAGGCGCGAGAAGGCGUCGUCCU